CCAAAGUUAGUGCUUUCCUAGGUCUGACCCAAUACUGACACUUUCACCACACGUAACUGCAGCUGGCAGUCUGUAUCUGCUGCAGUCUGAGGAUCUGUGUGUAGACUGUAGAGGUAAGAUGGAGGAUGAGGUGCCCUACUCUACAGUGGUUUUUACCAGAUUUGAUGAUUCACAGCGUAGAGCAGCAGAUCCAGUUGAAGAGGUUCUGUACUCAGAAAUCAAGAGACAUGGAGAGAAACCUCCAUCACAGAGCAUUCCUGAACCUACAGUGGAAGCUGCUGCAUCCCGCACCCCAUCAUACAGAACAGCUAUAGCUUGCCUGGGGCUGCUGUGUGUUUUAUUACUGGCAGGUGUAGUGGGAAUGAGUGUAUUCAACAUCAUCCAGGUCUCACAGCACAGAACCACCCUGGUGAGAGAACUUCAGCAACUGAACAGCACAUGGCUGAUGGAGCACCUCAGCAUGACUAGUGCCAAUCAAGCCCUGAAAGCGGUGAACCACAAUUUAACCAAUGAUAAUCAUCUUCUGCAGGAGCUCUACACCAACGAGAGCACAGCACACAGCAAGCUGAAGACUGAGACAGCAGCACUGGAGAAAGAGAAAGAAGAGCUGACUGUUCAGAGAGAUCAGUUCAACAACACCCUGAGGUCCAUCAUUCAAUUUCCAACAUUUCCAGUCAGAGCGUUCUGUCAGAUCAGGGAUGGAGAGAUUCACUGUGAGCCCUGUAUGAUGAACUGGAUUCAGAACGGAUCCAGCUGUUACUUAUUCUAUAAUGGUUAUGACUGGAAAUCCUGGGAAAACAGCCGACAGUAUUGCGUUGGAAUGGGAGGAGAUCUAGCUAUCAUAGACAGCAGAGAGGAACAGGAGUUCAUCAUGCAGAACUCUCCCUUUUAUUAUGACAUUUAUCACGGGUACUGGAUCGGACUUUACAAAAACCCUGAAGUGUGGAAAUGGACCACUGGUACUAAACUUAACGAUGGGUUCUGGAUUAAGCCACCAAAUCCCUCAGAUUAUAGUUGUGGAAUGGUAAAACCUAGUAGUAAUGCUCUUAACAGCUGGGCUCCCACCUAUUGUGGAAUGAAAAAUAAAUGGAUCUGUGAGAUGAGUGCAGUGGAAUGGCCAGAUAAACUAUAGAUCACUUUACCUUUUUUACAUCAACAUUUUGUUUAUAUUUAUGUUUCUUGUGUUUAUAUUUGUUUUUUGUACCCUGAAAUGUUUUUUUUUUGCUGUUUUUAUCAAGAUAAAAUUUGUUUUUAUUUCCCAUUAUAUAUCUACUAGAGACAGAUUAUAUCUGUGCAGUAUAAUUUAUUUAACUUUAAUCCUGGAUAUAUGGAUAUAUUUCGAGUGUAUUAUUAGAAUCAUGACAUUGUGAAUCAUUGACUUCUGUUAAAAAUCUGAUAAAAUUCUCAGUUAAGGGUGUGCCAUAUCAUAUCAGGCUAAGUUUCGGACCGUCGCCAAUGUUAACUUGAGUUAUAAUUCAGUGUUUUAUUCUGUUUACUGAAGAAGCCUAUAGUAGUUCUGUCAGUGUUUUAUCAACAACUGAAAGACAAAACAAAUUACUCAUGCUAGUACAUUUUAACAAUAUUUAUUGUUUUAAAUAGGCCUGUCACAAUAAUUACAUUAUCAACCUAAUAAUAAUAAAUGGAAACACCCUCAAUAAUUUAACAUAUCAAGUCUAAUAAUGUGAUUCUGUAUGUUCACUUUGUUUCAAAAUGCUAUAUUUAUUCUAUUUGAUUUUAUUUAUAUUAGAUUUAGGCCUGCCUGUCAUAAUAAUAAUUACAUUAAUGAUAAAUCGUAAAAUAUAUGGAGAAAUGUUUGCUGAAAAACAGUAGUUUCAUUUUAUUUUAUAUUGUUACUGUAGCAUACUUUAUUAUGUUGUGGGUACAACUGAUUGGGGGAGAUGCCAAUGAUUUGUGUCCCCUGGGGGUGGCCUUAGUUUUGAGGUAGGGUUGUUUUGGGAGUAGAGAGAGAGAGCGCCUGCGAGCGCGAAGUUUUUUUUUUUUCUUGUUGAGGAGUUCUGAUCAGGUGAAGUAAAGUGGAAUAUUUUGCA